CACCUGUUCUUUCAUCCACAUUUCUCAAAAACUUUCUCAUUUCUUUACUCUUUUUUUCUUAUAUCUUUCAAUAUGUUAGAAAAAUCUUGUAGAAACUUGUGUUUUUGAGUAAGUUUUUAGGCCAAACAAUGGUCUAAAACAUGUUUUUUCUCUGUUUCGUGCUUGUUUUGAUGAACAUUUGAUCUAUUAUUAGAUGAUAUAAUAUCUUAUUCUAUAGAUUGUUCAUCGUUCUAAAAGGGUUCGCUGAGUUUUUAUAUAUAAAGUGAGUUUGAGAGACCAAACGAAGAUCUAAAACUACCUUUUAAUGCAUUGCUUGCUUGUUUCGAUGAACAUUUAAUCUGUCAUUAGAUGAUAUAAUAUCUUUUUUUAUGGAUUGUUCAUCGUUCUUGAACGUUUUUCUUACGAUGAGCAAAAUGGUUUGUUUUUAUUUCUACACCUAGUUUAAUGGGCCUAACAGAGGUCUAAAACUAUUUUUACGUGCUACUUUCGAUGAACAUUUGACUUGUCAUGAGAUGAUAUAAUCUCUUAUUCUUGAAGGUUGUUCUUACGAGAAACAACGAAAAAAUAAAUAUCAAAAACUUUCCCAAAUGAGUAAAAGGGUUGGUUAAGUUUUUAUAUAUAAAAUGAGUUCAACAGGCUAAACAAUGAUCUAAAACUAUCUUUCCAUAAACAUUUAAUCUGUCAUUAGAUGAUAUAAUAUCUUAUUCUACAGAAUGUUCAUCGUUCUUAAACGUUCUUCUCGAAAAUUUUCCCCAAGGAGCCAAAGGGUUUGUUAAUUUUUAGAUGGAAAGAGGCCUUGAAGCACUCACUUUAGUUUAGAAUGAGUAUAUGAUGACAGAAAUGGAAUCCCCCCUUGAAUUUAGCUGCCUCAUAACAUGUUUUUUUCUUAGUAUCAUCAUUAUUACAUCAGUAUCUUUUUUCUUUUUCUUUUUAUAACCUAAGCUUUCCUCUUACUCUCUCUCUAGGGAUUUUAAGUUUAAGACAGAGAAAAUUCAAUCUUCCAAGCUUUGGAGUUUGAAGAAAUUUGAAGAAAUGGAUGAGUUUUACAGGCUUAACAACCCUGUCAUGUCCUCUUAUUCUAAUGGUGUUCUUGGAGGUGAAGCCAUUGCUAGCACCAGCUGUGGUGAUAUUCAUGAAGCUCUAAUGGUGGAUGAUGAACUGCUUCACCUUGAAGCAGAGCCCACCACUGGCUUGAACAUGUCUGACAUGAUCAAGACUCAGAUUAUCAACCAUCCCCUUUACCCCAAAUUGGUUUCUGCUUACAUUGAAUGCCAAAAAGUUGGAGCUCCACCACAAGUGGCUUCUCUUCUUGAAGAAAUUGGCCGUGAAAAUCAUCCUUCUAGAUCUUGUAUUGAGUUGGGAGCUGAUCCUCAACUAGACAACUUUAUGGAGUCAUACUGUGAGGUUCUUCAUCAAUAUAAGAAUGAGCUAUCCAAGCCAUUUGAUGAAGCAGCCAUGUUCUUGACCAACAUUGAAUUGGAGCUAAGCAACCUGUGUAAAGGAUCGUUUACUGCAACGUCCGAAUCUCGCUCCGCCAUCAACGACGAAGUAGCUGGGACUUCAGAGGAAGAACCGAGCAGCUACGGGGAGGUAGAAACAACAGGGAAUCACGAGCCGUUCAGCACACGAAAAACAAACCAAGACCUCAAAGAAAUGCUGCUAAAGAAGUACAGUGGGUAUCUAAGCAGUUUGAAGAAGGAAUUCUUGAAGAAGAGGAAGAAGGAGAAGCUUCCAAAGGAUGCAAGAAUGGCUCUACUUGAGUGGUGGAGUACUCAUUAUAAAUGGCCUUAUCCUACAGAAGAGGAAAAAUCAAAACUCUCUGUUAUCACUGGUUUGGAUCAAAAGCAGAUCAAUAACUGGUUCAUAAACCAGAGAAAGCGGCAUUGGAAGCCGCCCGAAGAUAUGCGGUUCAUGCUUAUGGACGGGGCUGGGGCCGGGGUCGGGGACGGGGACGGGGACGGGGACGGGGAAUGCAUCAAAGGAUUGAAUCAGGCCAUAUAAUUUGAUUUAGCUUUUGUAGUUUAUCUUCUCUUCUUCCCCUUUGUUUUCUUUGGUUUUGUAGACUCAGAAUUUCUUGACUUUAGACAGAAACACGUGAAUAUAUUAGAACGUAAAAGUGUUUGUAACAACCCGGCUUUCCGCACACGUAUGCUUCAAACUCGUUAC